ACGUGAAUUUUGACGUGAAUCUAAUGACACCCACAAAACAAACAAUUAUAAAUUAUUGCUUGCUUUGAUCAUAAUGUUUAUCAUUUAGUCAUCUUAAAGAAUAAAAGGACUGGACAAAUAGUUUUAGUUAGUUUGUUUGGUUUUGUUUGUUUCAAUGAAAAGAACUCGAAACGAUGCAGUUAAGGCUGCUGUUACUUCCUACUUAGAAAGGCGAAAUUAUCCAGAUAUUGAUUUCUUCAAUAACAAUUCUUCAAGUCGUAGUGCUGAAGAAAUGGCAGUGUCAACUAUCAUACAAUGUGAAGCCAGUCGAGCUAAUUCUAUUUUGUUUUCAUGUAUAAACAAUGAUCCUGGACACUAUGAUGUUCAAUACACAAGGCUUGUUAAUUUCAUAAAGGAUAUAAAGUCUGAGAAUGUGAAAAAUGAGUUACUAGGCUUACUGACUCCACUUUUGUGCCACUUGUACCUAGAAAUGUUGCGUGGUGGUCAUGGAGGGGCAGCUCAAAUGUUUUUAAAAAGGCAGUCUGCAACCCUUCCACAAAAAGACUUAUCUUAUCAUCAGCCUAUAGAUGGAAACUUGCCAUCAGCUCUCUAUCGUCCAAAUAGUCUGGAACAGUUGUUCAACUCAUUACAAAAUGGAACUAUCGACAAUGAAACACCAGAGAAAGAUUAUAUGAACCAAUUACUAGAUGAUAUUGGAACAGUUUAUACAUUACAAGAAAUUGAAUCUCGCCCAACUAUUGCAGCCUUUAGGUCUUGUAAAUAUGAUAUUUAUUUAUCACAAGAUGCUUUAAAUAUCCUAAAGGCAUAUUUAGCUAAACAUGGCCAUGUCUUACUAAUUCAAGUUUUUCAAACUUGGUUUCAUAUAGACAUAAAUAAUGAAAAUAAGAAAAAUACUGAAGAUGAUGAAGAACAGAUAGAAAAUGAAAGAAAUAUACUGAAAACAAAUUGUGCUGAAAAAGUAAAUAAUAUUAAUGAUAUAUUCUCUAAAUGCAAUGGCCAUACAGAAUAUCAGUCUGUUGACAAGGACUUGAGAGAAUUACAAGAUGCAAUCAAAGGUGUAAGAGAAACUACUGCACCUCUCAAACUGUAUAAAAUAGCUGCUCCAGAUACACACCUAAUAUGUGCAAAAACUGAUCAAUACUGCAAUGUGUUAUGUGGAGGAUUUGAUAACUCAGAAGUAAGACUGUGGCAUCUCGGACAAAACAAUGUAAAGAAAAGAAUUAACCGAAAUAUAUCAGAGAUUGAAUUGGCUUGCUGCAUUCCACUUGAACCUGAAACACAGUUGGACACAACUUUCCAAAUAGGUACAGGAAUACCAUUGCGAGGUCACUCUGGUCCCAUACAAGCUGUUAGUAUUCUCUCGAAAGAAGAAAUAGUACUUUCAGCAUCACAUGACAGCAGCAUGAGAGCUUGGAGAUUAUCAGAUUACUCGUGUGCCUCUAUUUAUAGAGGUCAUAAUUAUCCCAUCUGGUGUAUGGAUGUGUCAAAAAAUGGUCUGUUUAUAGUAACAGGAUCUCAUGACAAAACGGCAAAAUUAUGGUCACUGGAUCGAACAUUUACUGUAAGAGUAUUUGUUGGACAUACGUCUGAUGUAACGUGCGUGAAGUUCCACCCGAACGAGGCGUACCUGGCGACGGGCGGCGCGGACCGCAGCGUGCGGCUGUGGAGCGUGUGCGACGCGCGGCUCGUGCGCAUGCUGCUGGGGCACCGCGCCGCCGUGCGCGCGCUCGCCUUCGCGCCCGCCGGCACGCACCUCGCUAGCGCCGGGGACGAUAAGAAGAUAAAAGUAUGGGAUUUGGCUGCAUGUAAUUGUGUUCAUGAAUACAGAGGACACCACGGAAAAGUCACAUCCUUAGAUUGGUCUGCAGUUGCAAAACCCAGCUUAUGUAACAGAGUUUCAGUAGAUCCAAAUGACCCAAAUACAGAAAAUUCUACACUGUGUUCAGCUGGGAUGGAUGGAAUUGUCAAAGUUAUGUGGGACACUAAUAUGAAAAAUAAGCAAGUAUCGAACCAAGAUAUUACCACGUCUACCUACAAUACUAAAUGUUCACAUUUAGUCGAUGUGCAAGUACAACCUGAUUGGAUAUUAGCAAUAGGAAGUAAGAAAUAAUUUUGCAAAGAAUAAAAAUUAAACUUCUGA